AGUGUCCAGGGGGAGGUGGUGCUGUCUGGUAGAUGCUGCGGUGCACCAACGUUACUUCCUGCCGCUCUCUCUCUCUGUGUGUGUGUGUGUGUGUGUGUGUGUGUGCUGGCAGGGGCAGAGGUGAGCUGCUGCUGCUGUUCACUCGGCUCCCUGCUCUGCUCUGGGAAAUAGCGGCCGACGGAUUAUCCUGCUCGGUAACGUUAGCUCGUCGGCUAACGGUCAAGACAGCAACCGAUAAGAGCCAUGAAAAGCCGCUGGAGCCAGUGAAAGUUAGUCACGGCUUACUUCGGGACUUUAAUGUACGGAAACAUACAAAAAAGGAGGUUCGCGGAUCAUGCCGUCGCCCCCAACGGGAACUUUUCUCUAGAAUUUCCACUUGGGAAAGGCUAGCUUAGGGGCUAGCGAGGCUACAAACUAUUUUUAAUUGGCUUUGGGCUCAAUGGCCCUCGCUUGUUUUUCCCUGUCAUAGCGACAGCUUGGAAAAUUAAAACGGGGAGAGGCCCUGUGAACUUCAUGACAAACCAAAGCCCGGCUUUGAACCGUAACUUCGGAAGGAUAGACAGGCAAGGGACCGAAAAUGAAGAAGCAGUUCAAUCGGAUGAAACAGCUCGCCAAUCAAACAGUUGGCAGAGCAGAGAAAACAGAAGUCCUCAGCGAUGAUCUCCUACAGAUUGAACGGCGUAUGGAGUUGGUGCGUGUGGUGUCCCACAACACACACAAGAGGAUGGUGUCAUGUCUACAGGGACACAUCGGUGCAGAUGCAGAGAAGAGACAUUCCGUACCACGCCUCUAUACAGGAAAUGGUCAGAAAAAGCUUCCUCUGACUUCACUAUCCCAGGCGAUGGUGGAAGGCGGAAACCAGUUGGGAGAAGACUCCUUGAUAGGGAAGAUGAUGGAAGUGUGUGGUGACGUAGAGAACCGUCUGGCAUCAGAGUUGAUGCAACAUGAGCUGCAGAUAGAGAAGGACAUUCUGGAUCCCCUCAGCCAGCUAGCAGAGGUGGACAUCCCCAACAUCCUGAAGCAGAGGAAACAGCUGGCCAAACUGGUGCUGGACUAUGAUUCUGCCAGAGCAAGAUGGUUGCAGGCAACCAAGUCAAUAAUCUCAGGAACAAACACUCAAGCACUGACGGCCAAGGCUGACCUACUCAAGGAGGAGAUGGAUGAGGCCAUGAACAAAGUGGAGCUUUGCAAGGAUCAACUUGCUGCAGACAUGUACAGUUUUUUCUCAAAAGAAGGGGACUAUGCCCGCUACUUCGUAACACUCUUAGAGGCUCAAGCUGAUUACCACAGAAAGUCUCUCACUGUUCUGGAGAAUGUCUUGCCAACCAUCCAGGCUCAGCAAGACUCGUGGACAGAGAAGCCUGCAUUUGGCACCGGGCUGGAUGAGCACUUGAAAAGGAGCGGAAGGGAGAUCGCCCUGCCAAUAGAGGCCUGUGUCAUGAUGCUUCUGGAGACUGGCAUGAAGGAAGAGGGUCUACUCAGAAUCGCAGCAGGGGCCUCCAAGCUAAAGAAGCUAAAGGCAGCGCUGGACUGUUCCACGUCACAACUGGAGGAGUUUUACUCUGACCCCCAUGCUGUCGCUGGAGCACUGAAGUCCUACCUGAGGGAACUCCCUGAACCUCUAAUGACAUACCAGCUUUAUGAUGACUGGAUCCAGGCAUCCAGUGUGUCAGACUCAGACAAGAGGCUCCAGGCACUCUGGGUUGUAUGUGAUAAGCUACCAAAGAACAACAAAACCAACCUGAGGUAUCUGGUGAAGUUUCUAGCCAAACUGGCUCAGGACAGCGAGGUGAACAAAAUGACUCCUAGCAACAUCGCCAUUGUCCUGGGACCCAAUCUGCUGUGGGCCAAGACUGAGGGGAGUCUGGCUGAGAUGGCUGCAGCUACCUCUGUGCACGUGGUGGCCAUUGUGGAGCCCAUCAUCCAGCAUGCUGACUGGUUCUUUCCUGAGGAUGUGGAGUUUAAUGUGUCCGGCAUGUUUGCAAUGCCUACACCUGCAUCCAACCACAACAAUCAUCUUGAUUAUGACUGUGGCACCAUUGAGAGGAAGAGGCCUGGCAGUAUGGUGGGACCAGAGAACGACACGAUGCGCAAAGACAACACCCCUAACAAGCACUCGGACCACACCCUUCGUAGAGGCAGUAACACCUUAGGUAGAAAGCAGCACACUUCACCUGCCUUCCAGCCUCCUUUACCCCCUGUGGAGGCUCCAGGGCAGGGGCACGGGGCCGGGCAGAUCCCCCAGCCCUCAGCUGAGCCCCAGCCCCAGCCACAAGCUCCAUCAGGGGGUUCAGGGCCUGAUGCUUCCCAGCAUAGCUUGGCGCAGGGUCUGGCUGCUCUUGCAGCCGCUCAGCAGCUUCUAGCCCAGCACACAGAGGAGCUCAGCAACCCAAAGCUACGUGACUUCACACCUGCCCUGACCCCGCUGCUCCAGAGGAAUGGCUCUGGAGGAGGGGGCCAGGCUGCAGGGCAGCUGGGCACUGGGACCCCUGGGGCUGGAUCCAUGGGGCCCAGUCCGCAUAUGAUGCGCAGAGGUACCAAGAAGCAGGCUCCUGCCCCUCCCAAACCGUCAAACCCUCCACCCAGCCAGCCCUGUAAUUCUGUGAACCACGCCUCUUCCUCAGGCUCAUCCCAGUCCCUCAGCCCCACUCCCAGACCCCUUUCCAGCCACUCACCAACCUCGCCCACCUCUCCCACCUUGCAGCCAUGUGCCACACCCAGACGCCACUCCAGUAACCAGCCCCCAAUCCAGGCGCCCAGCCACCCACCUCCAGAGCCUCCGACACAGGCCAGCCCUCCAGCACAGCCCGCAUCACUUGGUGGGGACCAGCAGAGCGCGGACCCCUCACCUCCUGGCACCCCGACCCCUCCAGACACCCCUCCGCCCUCCACUGAUGUAGUCGCUCCUCCGUCCCCGUCUCCCUACCAGUCGGGCUCCCUUCCUCGGCCGCGGCCCGUCCCCAAACCCCGGAACAGACCCAGUGUCCCACCCCCGCCCCAGCCCCAGCCCACUACACUGGCCAGUGAUACCAAUGGGAUCUGUGCCACUGCUUACAAGAUGAUGGAACCGGCGAUGUCUUUCAAAGGGCUGAGUCGAGCUUUGGUCCCUGAGCUCGCUGUAGACCAGCAGCCAGCGACGGCCUCCUUCUCCCUGCCUCCUCCCAAAGACUGUGACCUGGACACCGAGAGCACUGUCCUAUAAGGAGGAGACGACAUCACACUCUGGUCCAGUAGCCCCACGCAUCUCCUCCCGUCAUACACACACCUCAAUUAGUCUGCUCGUGUUUUGUCCUAGCCCGUAUCUGCAGCCCUCCUCAGAGACUCACACCUCUGCUGUCAUGUUCUCCCAGUCCAGCCUGUAUGAAGGACUCUAAUGUGACAUAACGCACCUUCUGGCAGCCAUGAUGAAGGUCCACAGCUCUUUGUAAACAAUGGCUAUGAUAGUAGAUUGUGUUUGUACGGCCGUCACAACAAAAUUGAAUAGACAAGGUUUGUGUGUUGAUGCUUUGACAGGGAACUGCUCAUUUCCCCAUUUAUACAUCUGAUGAUUUAUGUGUUUAAUUCUCAGCAGUUUAACUGGGAAACCAAAGUAUUUGAUCAGUUAAACUUAGUUUUCUUGUUGCAAGCACAUUCUGAUUAGCAUGCUAGCUAAUACAUGUGGCAUUUACUAGUAUUUGUAGCAGCUACUACACAGAUAUUAACAUCACUAAGUUAAGUUAGCUGGAUUACAGUCAAAGUCAAAGACCCAUACUUAUUUCAGGUUAUCUUUAUAAUAUAUAUGUUAUAUAACCUGUAAUAUGUCAUAGUUACAGCUGAAAGUCAAUUAAUCAGAAUCGGCAACAAUUUUGAUAACCGAUUAGUCAUUUUUCAAGCAAAAACACCAAAAAAACAAGCAACUUGAAUAUGUUUUGGGAAAUUAUGCAUUUGUCACUAUAUUCUUUUGACUCUUUAUAGACCAAAUGAUUAAUUUAGAAAAUAAUCAUCAGAUGAAUCGUUAAUUACAGCCCCAGUCAUAGGGCAAAUCACCAUAUUGGACCACUUAUUUUGAUUUAUAGUGUAUUUAAAAUAACUGACCUCCAGCCACACUGCCACAAUCUUCGUCAGGUAUCGCUCAUCUCCAGUGUAGCUGUUAUUAGCCAUUAUUUACUCGGAGAGUCCUCCUGACCUCCAUGAUGGUGCCAGAUGUGGUCAUGAGGAGACACAAAGCCUUUACACUGCAACACCCCCCCACCACCACCACCACCACCACACACACACACACACCAUCUCUGUCUUUAUUCUGCACUCCCUACAGAUCAAGCUCCAAACAGCAGAGGACCGCUGACUCACCAGUAACGCCGUCAGACAACUGUGUAACGAUGAUGCACCGCAAUAUAAAGCAUGGCUGACUGUACAUGGAAGAAGGGGUUAUGAGGGGGUCGGGGGGAGAAAUGCCAAAAUAUGGACUGAUGAGACUUGUUUGGAAUUUGGUGUGAGGUGUUUUGUAUUUUCCAAUGUUGAAAAAUAGUCUUAGAGCAAGAAGUAAAAAAGAAGAGGUAUUUCUACAGAACAGGGGGGAGGGGAAAAGGUCAGCAGGUGAAGUAGAAACCAAAACUGUUACUUAAAGUGUAGCUGGUGACUGCAGGUUUCCAGUCGUCUCAAACACUUGAUUUACCCUUUUUGUAUGGAAACCCCAUCCUUUUUCCCCUCUCUCAUUCCUGUAUUUAUUUACCGAUUUAAAAAAAAAACAAAAAAAAAACACACAUUCCCUGUGGCUUGACAUAAUUAAUGCAGUCUUUAAAUGUAAAUCCUGCCUUAUUGGUUCCUCCCAGAACCACGUAAUAAACAUUAUAUAUUUACUGUAUGGAGGAUAUACUUGGCUCCUAGUAUUACAGUAUUUCCAAGAAGCUGUCUUGGCAACAAAUAUGUUUCAGGGACGUAAGGAAGGUGAUUUGACUGUCUGCUAUAGAAGUUUUGUGUGGUUCUGUAUUGUUCCACAGAAGUUGUGUAUUUAAAUGUGUUUUGGUUGAUUUCUUUGGGUUUUAUAAGCAGAAGUAGCAGGGUUAACCGCCCUCCCAGCCUGAACACAGUAUUUCUGUUUUUCCAUCGAUCUUUGUGUUUUCUCUGGCGUUUGCCGGGGUGUUACACGCAACAGGUUGUGUGUGAGUGAAUGUAGUGAAAAGACAAUUCUCACCAGCCUAUUCAUCCUGGACAGAAAGAUGCAUGAACAGCUGAUGUUGCACUUGAGGGCAGGCCAACGAGUGGUUUCCUAGUGAACUGGUUUGGAGGAUUUUUCAGUCUUUCCCACUGAGCUGAGAGCACACAGUGCUGUGAAACCUCAGUAGUGAUGUGGUGUUAGAUUUUUGCCAGGUCAAAAGAUAAAAAAAAAAAAAAUGCUUUGUUGUAUUUUUUGUGUAAGCUUUGCUUUUUUGGCCUCGGCUGUAAUGUCGAGUUUAGUUCCGAGAGAACUGACCCAAUAUGGUACCAAUGGAAAAUGUCUUGGAUGCUGCAGUUGCCCUGAAAACGAGUUUUUCAGAGACAAUCGAGCAUUAUAAUCCCCUCCUUUCUCUCUUUGCUCCUGUACCUCGCUGCCUUAUCCCUGUGCAUCAAGAGAGCUUGGUAUCGCAAGGCUCUUUAAGACGAACAAAUGCCAUUAAACUAGAAAUGAUAAUGCUGCAUUUUUAAGCUCCAUAGUUUUGUACGUAUGCUGUCUGGUGAGCUUAAAUAUGGAAUAAAAACAUGUAAUAUGAAUGCUUGGUUAUACCCCCUUUCCAAAGAAAAUAAAGUAUAUGAAGAAACUA